CAAUGACAGUGCAGCGGUGGUCAACUUAAGCCCCGGGACUUGCCAACGGACUAGGAAAGGACUGGUGGGUUUUUUUCUCUUCUCACAUGGGUUGCUUUAGCCACUCAAUAGUUAUUCGUGAAUGUGCAUGCAUAAGAGUAAUACCUAGUAGCAAUCGCAACACUCUUUUACCUAGGUAUUGACGAAAAAAAAUAAUCUCAUCCCGCCUCCUUCGCGCAGCCCUAAGAGCAAGCGGCAGGCUGGCUGGGCUGACUGGUUUGCUGCAUGCCCAACGAAUCACACAAAUCACGCGAAUCACAUCCAUAUAGCCAAGGCGACGGAUUCCCUUGAGACAUGACUUAAUAUUCCUGUGCCGACCCGCCGGUUCAUCCCUAGCCUAGACCGCUGCCGGUAUUUUGAGCUCGACAUCGGCACUCCAGCUUGAAAAAACAGGCUGUCAUACAUACUGGUCUAACUUCUUCAACUCGCAAGUGGUUCCUGCUUGGCAGCGGCGAAGGUUCUCACGAUGAGCGAUGGUAAGCUCUACUACGCCGAGCCUCCACCAGGCCAGGUGCGCACUCCGGUCAAUCCACCGACGCGCCGCGGUGAUCUUAUGGCCGCCGGUAUCUCGACAACUAUUAUCGCCGGCAUUGCCCUCGCUCUUCGUCUUUACACGAGGGUUUACAUGCUCAAGAAGAAACUCGAAGCCGAUGACUGGCUUGUCAUCGCUGCUUAUAUGAUCUCGGUUGCGAUGCUGGUAUUUGUGAAGAAAGACAUCGACCAUGGCCUCACAUAUCACGUCUGGGAUAUUCUGCAGGAUACUUACCAUAUCGGCGAACGCCUGUAUGGCCUUCUAGCUUACCUCAGCUUCAUCUUAAGCGUCAGCUUCGCCAAGAUGUCCAUGCUUGUCCUGUAUCUGAGGCUCGCGCCGCAUAUGUGGUUUCGUUGGACUUGCUAUAUAUGCAUCGCUAUCAUCGCCUCCUAUUCGGUGACGGCGGCGUUAGUCGAAUCACUAGCCUGCAGGCCGCUUCAAGGUAUCGUCGACGAGAGCUUAGACGCCGUGUGCUAUGACUCGUAUCCUGCCUACAUAAGUCUGAGCAGCUUAAAUAUCGGAAUCGAUAUUAUCAUCUUGUUAUUGCCAAUACCGUUGGUGAUUCGAAUGCAGCUCCCCAGAAGGCAAAAAAUAUCGGUAAUAUUACUUUUUGCGACGGGAAUCGUUGUAUGCUGUGUCGCUCUCAAGCGUGUUACCUACAUACCCGUGCUGGAAGCGAGUGAAGAUUAUGACUGGGAUGCGGUACCUGAUAUGAUACUUUGUUUCAUCGAGGUGAACCUGGGUAUAGUCUGUGCCUCGGUUCCAGUAGUUCGCCCCUUUUUCAGCCGACUCCUCCCAGCGCUCCUGGCAUAUGGACGCAAGAGUUCCGGGGUAUCAUCGUCGUCCGGACCGGAAAGCGGCCGAGUGAUUGACACGGUAGAACAGAAGAAUAUAGAGAGGCAGAAUCUCAAACGGCGAAAUAUAGGGCACGACGAGUCUUACGACAUGUCCACGCUGAGUGAGGCUAGUAGAUGCCUGGAUAGUCAAGACGAAGAGUCUAGGUUAUGGCCUCCGCCCGAAACGAUCAAGGGCCGCGGCUUUGGUAAAGUUUCCACGGAGGUUUAAAAAUUGAGAGUUGGAGGAGUUUGCGCUGCCGUUGUAUUUUUAUUAUACCCACUAUACCCUUGGCUCAAUGUCUUUUAGAAGAGAACGGACUACUAUGAUGUAGUUGCUAUAAAUUCCGACUAAAUGUGGAAAUGUGAUUUAUGAUUUUGUGCUAUAGAAGUCAAUACUAGUCUCAGUUAUGUAUGCGAA